GACAUACCACGAUAGAAAAUCAUCAUAUUCCAGUAGAAAAUCCAAUGCCAAUACGACAGCGUGCAUAUCGAGUAGCCCCCUUAGAACAAGAAUUUAUUAAAGAGGAAGUUGAUAGAAUGUUGGAACAUAAUUUAAUUCAACGUUCUGAGAGCCCUUGGGCCUCACCCGUUGUUCUAGUAAGGAAAAAGAAUGGGAAACUUCGAUUUUGUAUCGAUUAUAGGAAACUGAACAGUGUCACCCAACGGGAUGGACAUCCUUUACCUCGCAUUGACGAAUUGCUUGAUAUGUUUGGAAAAGCAAAGUAUUUCUCGACGUUAGAUUUAGCAAGCGGAUAUUGGCAGGUUGCAAUGGAUCCAAAUGAUCAAGCUAAAACAGCGUUUAUAACCAGCCAAGGACUUUAUGAAUUCAAAGUCAUGCCAUUUGGAUUAACAAAUGCCCCUGCGACCUUUCAACGUUUGAUGAAUAAAAUCUUUAGAGAAGAAAUCGGACGAUUUGUAGCUGUAUAUCUCGACGAUAUAAUUAUUUUCUCAGCUACUUUCGAUGAACAUAUACAGCAUUUACAAUUAAUUUUUAAAAGAUUAAAGGACGCCGGAUUAAAGCUUGGAAAAGAUAAAUAUGAUUUUGCUAAGUUGGAAUUAGCAUUCUUAGGACACAUUGUUAGUGGAGGAAUUUCCCCUGACCCUUCCAAAAUUGACAAAAAUAAGGAUUUUCCUAUCCCAAAGAAUAUAACCGAACUCCGAGGAUUCUUAGGCCUUGCGUCCUAUUAUAGGAGAUUUAUUCAGGACUUUUCUACAUCUGCUGCACCUUUACAUUUAUUAUUACAGAAAGAUGUACCUUAUAUCUGGACAGAACCACAACAAAACGCAUUCGAACACUUGAAA